GUCACACCGGAAGCGUCACAUGCGCAGCUGCUGCGCACUCUGGUGUCCAAGCACUUCGCGACGCCGGCGCCGGCGUCGCGUUUCGGCAACAUCUUUGCCACGGCCCAAAGCGGUCCUUCCCCGAAGCCGGCGGAGCCAGGUCGAAGUGGACCAGCUCCUUCGGCUGGCUAUGGCGACGGUUCCAAGGCCUUCCGUGCGAACUUGGCGGCGCAGGGCAUUCCGCAGCGGCCAAACGCUGCCGCGCCCAGCGUGGCCGCGGCCGGACGCCACGUGCCACCGAGAACUAGCUCUGCCUCUGCCAAGCCUAAAGCUGCAGUUCCACCAGAGGUGGUGGCUGCCUUCAAGAUGCUUCUCUUGGACGUGACAGCCACGGAGGAGCAGGUGAAGAAAUCCUAUCGAAGGCUGGCCUUACGCUACCAUCCG